GAGAGAGAGAGAAGAGAUAACAAAAUUAUGCAAGGACUAGAGUGGUAAUUCAUUGGUUUUAAAUUUUUGGUUAAAUUUCAUUUGCGGCCCAAAAGGGGGGUCAUCCAUGCAAAUUCCCGGUUUCACUUCUACAACAAAACCAAAACUGAGAGUACUUGAACUACGCAGAGCUCUGGGAAGUGACAACCAUGGCGUCGGUAGGAGGAACCGCCAGUGGAGGUGUCGAGUGGCAUGUCAGGCCUCCUAACCCUAAGAACCCUAUUGUUUUCUUCGACGUAACCAUUGGCACUAUCCCUGCCGGGCGUAUCAAGAUGGAGCUAUUCGCCGAUAUUGCUCCAAAAACCGCCGAGAAUUUUCGGCAAUUUUGCACCGGAGAAUACAGGAAAGCUGGAUUGCCGGUUGGUUAUAAGGGGUGCCAAUUCCAUAGAGUAAUCAAGGAUUUCAUGAUUCAAGCUGGUGACUUUGUCAAGGGCGAUGGAAGUGGAUGUGUUUCUAUUUAUGGACAUAAGUUUGAGGAUGAAAAUUUUGUUGCUAAACACACUGGACCUGGUUUAUUGUCAAUGGCAAAUAGUGGGCCUGGAACAAAUGGAUGUCAGUUCUUCAUUACUUGUGCCAAAUGUGAUUGGCUUGAUAACAAGCAUGUGGUCUUUGGGAGGGUGCUGGGUGAUGGCCUUUUGGUUGUCAGGAAAAUUGAAAAUGUAGCUACUGGCCCUAAUAACCGACCGAAACUGGCUUGUGUUAUCGCUGAAUGUGGUGAAAUGUAAAUGUAGGGGUUGCCCUAAACACAUUUCUCUAAUUGUUCGGCAUUCACUAUCAGAAAAAUAGGUCCUGGAAUCCGUUUAAUACUUCUUUCUUGGCACAGUAGUUAAGCAAGCUUGGCAGACAUGAUUCUCAUUUGUCAGGUUCGAGACAUCUAGGCCCCAUUCUGGUGAGGUUGGGAGCUCCUAUAUUCUCGUGAUUCUCAAAUACACAUUUGGCGAAUAGGCAUGCUCGUGGCCUCUAUUUAUUUCCAAUUUACUAUAGAAUGGACCAUAAAACUGUCUGCUUUAACAUGUUAAUGCUCUACCAUUUGAACUUCAUCAUUGCAUGACUUGACCCUUCCAUUCUUGUUAUUGCAUUGGUCAGAAGAAUUUAAGGGGAAGAAACAUACAUAUAAUAUGAUGUUCUAUCACUAACGAAAAUAACACGCUCAAUUUCACAGAGAAGGUUUCUUUUUGG